CACACAAUUCGGAAACUAAGUAAGGAAACACAUCAAGAGAUAUAGUUGCAAGAAGAAGAAUACUAGCAGGAGGUUUUCCAUAUCAAUAAAAAUUUAGAAGAAUUUGUCUAUAAGGUUGACGUAGCUGACUGAGCUAAGAUAAGGAUGCUGGGAUGGACGGAGGCGUAGGAUUCAUGUGCAUAUCAUGUGUGUAUUGUUGAAAAUAAAUAAACAUGAAGCAAGUUUGACUUUAAUCUUAUCUGAUCAUUUUCGUUUUUGUAAACGCUUCCGCAUAUGUUAAAAUAUCUGGUGUUGUAUAAUAUCAAGUGAUUUAUGACGUCAUGAUAUUUUCAGGUAUUGAAUAAUAAGCUGACGUUUUAAUAAAUAUGUUUUAUUUAAUACUUAAUUUUGUUUAAAUAAUUAAAAGUCUUUUGGUCAAAUUUGUUUUGAUUUCUACCACGUGACACAUCGCUCGGAUCGGCGAGGCCGGUUCGGGUAGGGUGUUACAAUUGUGGUCUGCAAAAAUAAGGAAACUUGUUCAUUCCGGGUUCAUGCAUCAAAAAUAAGUGAUUCUGGGUAUUUCGAAAUAAUGACUUUCAGACCCAAGCAUGAAUGUUCCUUUAGUAAUCAAAAUAGUCUUGUGACAAGCACAUAUUUGAGUGAGAAAUAUCUUGAUGAGUUGAGAUACAAUCCAAACUAGGAUGUUAUAGAAAUGCAAAAGACAAUUCAAAGGGAGCUUAGGGUGCAGGUAAGCCUUGCCAUGUGAUAUAGAGCUCGAGUUAAAGCAAAGGCCAAGAUUGCCGGUGAUAUCACAGAGCAGUACAGAAGACUAAGAGAUUAUGUUGCUACUGUUCUUAAGUAUAAUCCAGGUAGUCUUGUCAAUCUUAAAAUUGAAGUGGUUUCUGAGGAGGUACAAGAAGCAGGUGUGGGUGAGGCAGUUCCUUCAAUACCCAAAGAGGUCACAAUAUUUCAGUACAUGUAUAUGAGGUUCACAGCUCAGACACAAGGAUACUUUUCAGGUUUAAGACCCUUAAUCUGCUUGGAUGGGUGCCAUGUCAAGACUUCAAUGGGAGGACAACUUCUAUGUGCAGUUGCCAGGGAUGGAAAUGAGAAAAUGUUUCCCCUAGCUAUUGCAUAUGUUGACAGUGAAGACAAAGCUUCAUGGACUUGGUUCCUAUAGGUUCUCUUUGAAGACUUUGGAAGACUAGAAGACACUAAAUGGACUUUCAUGUCUGACAAAUAGAAGGGGUUAGUUGAGGCUUUUAAGGCUGUCAAUCUAUUGAAUGAGCAUAGCUAUUGCUUGAAACACAUGUAUGAGAACUAUAAGAAGGUUUUCAGGGGUGGGGAGUACAAGAAAAAGUUGUGGUUAGCCGCAAGUACUGGAAGUUUAAGGUCCUGGCAGAGACAUAUGGAAGCAAUAAAGAAUUUUGAUGAGGCUGCCCACACUUGGUUGCUGCAAUAUGACCCUAGGACUUGGAGUAGGGCUCAUUUCUCAACACAUACCCAGUCAGAUGCCCUACAAAACAACAUAUGUGAGUAUUUCAAUUCUUACAUUCUUAGAGCUAGAGAUUUGCCUAUCCUAAGUAUGUUUGAAUGGAUUAGAAAACGGUUAAUAAAAAGGUUUCAUGUCAAGUACACUGGGAUGCUGAAAUACAAGGGGGCAAUUUGUUCUAACAAACAGGACCUUCUAGAAAAAUACAAGUAUGAAAGUAGGAAUUGUUUUUGCACACCAGCUGAUGACAAGCUUUAUGAGGUAGAAUAUUUUGAUAGAAGUUAUGUGGUAAACUUGAAUGAAAGAAGCUACACUUGUAGAGUGUGGGAUUUAAAUGGAAUCCCAUGCAAACAUGGAGUGUCUGCUAUUUAUGCAAAUAGAGAAAAACUCGAGGAGUAUGUCAGUCCUUAUUACUCAAAAGAUACCUACCUAGCUGUGUACAACCAUAUGAUCCACCCUGUACCUAGUAAAGAGGAGUGGGAAACCACUAUAUACCCCAACAUCAAGGCACCAAUUCCAAGAAAGCCAGCUGGUAGACCACAGAAAAAGAGAAUUAGAGCUCUUGAAGAAACAAGGAAUCCAUAUAAGGUUUCUAGGUCUGGGAAGCAGGUAGUUUGUGGUAAUUGUAAGCAUGUGGGUCAUAAUGUAAGAGGAUGUAAGACAUCCCUUACUGGAGAAACCCCAUGACAGAGAAGAAUGAGGCUGAGAAAACAAAAGUCUUCCACAGGAGGCCAAGUUCCUGAUGCUUAUGAAGCUGCAAAUAAAGAUUCUCAUGUCAACACUCAGGUUGUGGAGACCACCAGUGAAUCAGUCCCCAAUGCUUCCACUCCAAAUGCAACAAGUUCAAGAAAAAGAAGAAAUACUUGUAGUUCUCAACCACAACAACCUUCAACAAGAAGAAUUACCAGAUCAUCACAAGAAAUACUUGUGAUGAUGUAAUUGUGAAUGUAGCAGACAUUUUGUAAUGUAAUUUGGAUUAAUUUUUGUAGUUAUUUUGCUGAAUAUGAUGUGUAAUAUGUUUUGGAUGGAAUUUUGCACUGAAUGUGUAGUCUGUGUAAUGGCAUACUUUGCU